AUGUCCACGGAAAUUCCGAGUCAGCAAAUGAACGCAAUGGAUGAAAUGCUCUCUCAUGGAUCCUCUUCGUCGUUCAAUCUUUCAACUGAUGCAGAAGACUCAGAAUACGAAAACAUGAGAAGUCGUGGUGUUCUCCCUGGGACCGUAACCAACUUGUCUUCACUAGAUAUGUCGAUGUCCAUAUCAGCAGCUUCCAAUCCAACUUCAAAUACUGGUACUGAUCAAGAAACGGUUUUCGCUGCUCUAGACGAUAUGACCAUGCCAUCGGUAACGACAGGGUCAAAGGAACACUCGCGAACAUCAGCACUUGAUCCAGCGCGAAGCCAGCAAGAAGAAAUGGCAAGAAAAUUAGGCCUCAUGCCACCGCCACCACCUCCUGCUUCCAGGCUCUCUACCCCUGAAGAUGAACCAGGAUAUAUUCCUUCGCCUAGCACAAAUGACCGAGACUUCGACAAUUGGGCGUUGAGUCCAAGCACCGAAGCUUCGUCCGAUCCAGCAAGCAUCAAAGGUAUCGAUUCCAAUCCAACUUCCUGGGCAAUAAGCCCCAGCACCGCAGCGUCUAACGACCCCCUUAGCGCGAAGAGCGCUGGAUUAAAUCAGUACUUUGGCUUUGAUGAGAAGUCUAUGAAUAUUUCUCGUACGAUGAUAGAGCACAAAGCACAGCGGUCCAACAAGAUGACCAGCCACAACUUUCCUAGAACAACAACGCGGAAAUUUACAUCGCCGCAACCGCAGGCAUCGGGUAGUAGUGUUUUCAGUGACGGCUUUGCAGACUUUGCAGACUUUGAAAGUUUCAAUGGAUGGGGAAAAGAAACGAAAAACUCUACAACUUCAACCAGCUUUCGUGGAGACUUUGAUAGAAGUUUUGAAAACGUUAGGCCAACAAGCUCAACCAACCAGCAGCAGCGAAGCGCAAGCGUUUCGUCUCAAGGUCAAACAGAGAGGUCAUUAUCAGAACUCUUGGCUCUGGCGAAGAGCAAAGACCGCAAUAAUGGUCCAUCGCCAAACACAGCUAAUCGAUCAAGGAGAACGACAGUAGCUUCAGGGUCGAAUUCAUCUGUCAACUCUGCACCAGGAUACUCCGCUUUGUACCUUAGUCAGUUUCACAACGUAGGAAAAUACAAUAAAGGCGGGUAUGAACGAGACGGGAUGAAACCAAGCUCACCACGAGUCGCAAAUGACGAGACGUCAGUAUCAGAUAUUAUAGAAAGUCUUGAAGUAUCGAACCAAAUGAGACGAGGCAGCGGAAAAUUGAACUCCAACAUGUCAGUCGGAGAUGCAAGCUCGUCCUCAAUUUCUCGGCUGGCUCGAGAGCGAUUACGGGAAAAGAGAAGAAAAGAGUACGAAAAUAGUGGUGUGCGAUCUUCUGACGAGUCAGAUGUCUCUGAUAACGGGGCCGAAUCUUGGCUUUUUGAUGGUGUCGCUGGAGCACUUGGACCACGAGGCAUUGCUGCCGAUCUGGAGUCCUUGAGUGGAAGAUCUAGUCGGUCGAAGAAUUCACAAGGGAACAGAUCACAUCGAUCCCGUCACUCUAGAUCACGAAACUCGACUGCACGAAAGCCGAGGACAUCAAAUGAAAGUACCAGUAGUCGCGAGAGUCGACACAGCCGUGGAAGCCGCUACUCCCAUCGCUCGACGCGGUCAUUCAUUUCCCAAAUGAGCGAACAAAGCAGGAGCGUUGCGAAUGAUUUGCUUCGCCUUGAAAUGCAGCUUGCUAUGGUCGGUCAAGAAAAUAGAGAUGACAUUCCAGUACUCGGAAUUGGUAGUUCUACUGUAGGAAGAACAGCUAAAGGUGGCUCGACAGCACGGGAUCGUUCGAGAGGCAAGUCGUAUUCUUCAUCACAACGCACGAAAUCGUCUUCAAAGAGGAGCAAAGUUACAGUUAUUGCCCCGCCCGGAAAACUUGGAAUCAUUUUGGCUAAUAAGGCAGAUGCACAAGGUACUGUUGUUUCUGGAGUCAGAUCAUCGAGUGCCUUGGUGGAUAAGAUAUCUCCUGGCGAUCGAAUCAUCGCUAUCGAUGGCGAAGACGUUAGCCGCAUUACCGUUUCGGAGAUCACUGUGAUUAUGUCACGAAAAGCAGAAUAUGAACGGAAUCUGACUGUGUUGACGCUAAACAAGUCCAAUGAUUCUCGGCGGCAUCCUGAUGAUGAUGCGACUCCUGUGAAAGAUCCCCACCGUCAUGAACAGGACCACCACCUUUCCUCACAAGAGGACCGAAGUGAGCACUACAGACGGUAA